AAACGUGAAAGAAAGUGUUCUCUCCGCACAAAAUUACCUUUUGUUCGCAAAUGUGCCAUUGGCAGUCUCUAUCGUUGAUGGACCGGUAAGCGGAGUAUCGAUCAUGACCGAAAAACGAAAGGAGGACACAAAAAAGUCCCCAACCAGUGCCAAAUCAGUGGAAAAGCAGCGAACAGCCAUUAAACGGCCACCGAGCAACGAGUAUGAUGCGGUCAGUGGCAGCUUUUUCGACUUACGCACCAAGGCGGGGCAAAUUCUGUUCAUCGGUGUAACGAUAGCCGCCGUAACGUUGGUACAAUGUCUUCCAAAAGAUUCGCUGAAAUCGCUGCUUCGUCUCCAGCUACCUGCACAGCCUUGUAAACCGGAAGUAGAAAUUGUCCAGAACGAGUUACGUAUCAGAGAGCCGCGCCCUAAGUACUGGAUUUACGGACGAAACCCAACCGGUGGACACUUGCUUCACGUACACAAUGUGUUGGAGAGACUUGGGCUCGAGCAAACCACGAACGACACGGAUGACUGGGAUUUAUUGUGGGCUCACGAUUAUCCGUUUCGCAAGGUAUCGAAUUUACAAAGACUUAAAUCCCAUCAGUUGGUCAACCACUUCCCAGGUUCGGGCUACAUAACGAACAAAGUGGAUCUGUCGACCACCUCGUUACCGUACAUCCCACGGGCAUUUAAGCUGCCCGCGGAAGCAGCUCGGUUCCGAGAGUAUGCCUCGGACAAUCCGAACAAAAAGUUUGUUCAAAAACACAACCAACAUCGACACAUUCAAAUCAAGGGCCUACAGGAAAUAGAGUUCAAUGAUAAUGAGACCUUCAUUCAGGAGUUUAUAGACGACCCGCUGCUAGUGGACGGAUAUAAGUUCGACAUCGGUGUUUACACCGUCAUUACUUCCAUUGACCCGUUAAGAGUUUACAUUUACAAGGGAGAUAUCCUGUUCCGCUACUGUGCCGUGCCGUACUACCCUUUUAACGCUUCCAAUGUGGACAAAUACGUCGUGGGAGACGAUUAUUUGCCAACCUGGGAGGUGCCCUCACUGAAGCAGUAUUACUCCAAGCUUGGAUUCGGUAUGAAGGAAUCUUUCGACGCUUACAUCAGGCUCACGGGACGUGACCCAAGCGUUAUCUGGGACCAAGUGGACGACGCAAUAAGAUUGCUGAUCCUGAAGAAAGAGCCACUGUUAGCGGCCAUUUUACCGCGCUAUGCGAAUCGGCACAACUUUUUCGAGAUGAUGCGCUUCGAUCUGGUGGUCGAUAACAAAAUGAGGGUUUAUCUGAUGGAGGCAAACAUGAGUCCCAAUCUGUCUUCGGCACACUUUAAACCGAACCGUUUGCUCUACGAGCAAGUUAUCUACAAUCUCUUCCGCCUAGUUGGCGUGAGCUCCAGCGUACAGCGCGAAUCAUUCCGCAGGCGUCCACCGGACACGGAAGCGAUGCUGUCUUCGCCGAAAAAUGUAGCAACAGCCGCCGAUAUCUGCUCCGGUUUGCCGUGCACGGAAUCGUGUGCUCCAUUGGAAUGCCAGCUGUGUGUCUCAUGUUUGGAAGCGGACGACUUGAAGGAACAGCACCGUGCUUAUCGGGAGCACAUGGAGCGUGGUGAUAUGAAACGAAUCUUUCCG